GUGCCUUUUUUUCCUCAACUUUUUUUCUCCGUGCAGAGCUGCUGCUGUUAUUUGGGCUCAGAGAAAGGAAGUAGCGCUGGCUAGCCGUGUUAGCCGGUCAAAACUUCAUCUGUGUUGGAAAACAAUGGAUUUAUGAGGGUUUUUCAUGGUGGGAUAUCGCGUUUUAUUUACUGAACGGUUGUCUUUUUACUCGGAAACUCUUUUAUGCCGUGCGUUUUUAUUGGUUUGUGAUCCAGGCGUGUGACUCCAAGCUUUGUCUACCACUGGUGCUAGCCUGAUUUAUUUCCAACUCUACUCUCUAUUUGUUUUACCGGAGAAAGAGAAGACAGAAUACAUUUUAAGUACGUUUUAUUUUUUCUUCAGUCGAGGAGGAGGGAAUGCAUUACAGAACUACACCAAGACAAUGAGAAAAACUACCGGGAAAGGAGUUGCCUGGUGAGGAAGGCAGUGUGCGGCAUGCUGAGGCCACUCCCCCUGGCCCAGGAUGAGUGUCAGAGAUGGCGCUGCCACCAUGGCAACGGUUGCGGGUGGAGGAGGAGGGGGAGGUGGGCCAGCCAGCCUCAAUGACCUCGACAACCGCUCGUACCUGCUGCAGAUUUACCCCCGGCUAACUGCCCAGUCCUCCGCCUGCUGUUGCCUCACAGUGCAGAAGGACUCCACAGCAGCCUCCGUGAUCUCAGACGCUGCCACAGCACUGGGGCUGGACCCCGGGCGCUCUUAUGUGUUGGCAGAGGUGAAAGAAAGUGGAGGUGAGGAGUGGAUCCUGGAGGCCGGGGAUCUGCCGGUACAAAGGGUUCUGCUGUGGCCUCGCAAAGCCCAGGAGAAACAUGCUCAAAGUCUGGGCUUCUACUUCUUGUUACAGGAAAGGAACCAUGAUGGCACUAUUCGAUACGUGCACCUCCCGCCACUGUCGAAGGAGCAGCAGGUACAGCAGCUGGCUGCGAGGGGCUUCCUCCCUCCACCACAGGACGAUUUUGCAGACCUCUGCAACCUCCCUGUCCUCAAUGAGGAUACUAUAUUAAACAAUCUCCGCACACGCUUCUACAAAAAAAAGAUUUACACCUAUGCAGGCAGCAUUCUCAUCGCCAUCAACCCUUUUAAGUUUCUGCCCAUCUACAACCCCAAGUAUGUUAAGAUGUACGAGAACCACCAGCUGGGCAAACUGGAGCCCCAUAUCUUUGCUAUUGCAGAUGUAGCAUACUAUGCCAUGCUCAGGAAAAGGGUCAACCAGUGCAUUGUGAUCUCUGGAGAGAGUGGCUCAGGCAAGACCCAGAGCACCAACUUCCUCAUCCACUGCCUGACAGCUCUUAGCCAAAAGGGCUACGCCAGCGGUGUCGAAAGAACCAUCCUGGGAGCAGGCCCUGUGCUGGAGGCUUUUGGAAACGCCAAGACUGCCCACAACAACAACUCCAGCCGUUUUGGUAAAUUCAUCCAAGUGAAUUACCUGGAGAGUGGUGUUGUCAGAGGGGCUGUGGUAGAAAAGUAUCUUCUGGAGAAGUCACGUCUAGUCUCCAGAGAGAAGAAUGAGAGGAAUUACCAUGUAUUUUACUACCUGCUGUUGGGCGCUUCAGAGGCGGAGAGAAAAGAGUUUAAAUUGUUGCCUCCUGAAGAAUACUUCUACCUCAAACAGCAAAACUUUAAGAUUGAAGAUGAGGAGGACUUGCGACAUGACUUUGAACGACUUCAACAGGCAAUGGAGAUGGUGGGGUUUCUUCCGCCCACCAAGAAGCAAAUCUUCUCCGUUCUGUCGGCCAUUUUAUAUCUGGGAAAUGUGACCUACAUAAGGAAGUCGAACGGCCGGGAAGAGGGUCUGGAAGUGGGGCCUCCGGAGGUGCUGGCUACCCUCUCUGAUCUCCUCAAGGUCAAGGAGGAAUUGCUGGUUGAGGCACUCACCAAGAGGAAAACAGUCACAGUCAAUGAUAAGUUGAUCCUCUCCUACAGCCAUUCAGAGGCUAUCACUGCCAAAGACUCUAUGGCCAAGUCUUUGUACAGUGCCCUGUUUGACUGGAUUGUUCUUCGCAUCAAUCAUGCUCUGCUCAACAAGAAAGACAUGGAGGAAUCUGUCCCGUGCUUAUCCAUUGGCGUCUUGGACAUUUUUGGCUUUGAGGACUUUGAGAACAACAGUUUUGAACAGUUUUGUAUCAACUAUGCAAAUGAACAGCUGCAGUAUUACUUCAAUCAUCACAUCUUCAAUCUGGAGCAGGAGGAGUACCAAGCAGAGGGCAUCACCUGGCACAACAUCGACUACACAGACAACGUGGGCUGUAUUCACCUCAUCAGUAAGAAGCCCACUGGCCUGCUUUACUUGCUGGACGAGGAGAGCAACUUUCCACAUGCCACAGAAGAAACAUUACUAGCCAAAUUUAAGCAGCAGCAUCAGGGGAACAAGUACUUUGUGCCCACACCAGUUAUGGAACCAGCUUUUGUCAUUCAACACUUUGCUGGAAGAGUAAAAUAUAAAAUAAAGGACUUCCGAGAAAAGAACACAGAUCAUAUGCGGCCAGACAUUGUGGCCUUGUUGAGGAGCAGUGAUCGUUCUUAUGUCCGUCAGCUCAUUGGGAUGGACCCCGUGGCGAUGUUUCGUUGGGGGAUUCUGCGUGCCACUAUCAGAGCCCUCGCUGCUUUCAAUGAAGCUGGCCGUGCCUGGGCUGCAAAGACUUCAGGCAUUGUCCGACCUGCAUCCAGAACUCCUCUAGGGGAGCUCCAGCGAUCUAAUACUCCAAUUGAACGAAUGUACAAACGAGCUUCUAUGCUCGAUUUUUGCUUUGAUCACUCUGAGGAGCGCCCUCUAGAGGCCUUUGAGGACAUCUUUGCUAGCUAUGAGAAUAAGAAAGACAUGCAUGCACAGAUCAUCAGCUCCAUUAAGAACUUGCAGCUGGAUGCUGAGGACCCUCGAAAGCUGCUGCAGUCCUGGGGUCGCCUCCGUUUCCCCCGGCACGUUCUUCAGAAGAACAAAAACACCAAACAGAAGCAAGUAAUUCCCAAGAGAUUGUUGGAUUCUCGGUCUCUGAAGUUCAUUGUUGGUCUGACACUACAUGAUCGCACUACCAAAUCUCUCCUUCAUUUGAACAAAAAGAAGAAGCCUCCCAGUAUCAGUGCCCAGUUUCAGGCAUCUUUGACAAAACUUUUAGAGACUUUGAACAGAGCAGAGCCAUACUUUAUCCGUUGUAUUCGCUCCAAUGCAGAAAAGAAAGAGAUGUAUCUAGAUGAAACCUUAGUGGUACAGCAGCUCCGAUACACAGGAAUGCUGGAGACCGUUCGAAUCCGAAGGUCAGGUUAUGGAGCCAAGUAUACAUUCCAGGAGUUCUUUACCCAGUUCAGAGUUUUGUUGCCCAAGAAUGCCACAGAAUCAAAAGAAGUAAUUUCUGCUCUGCUUGAGAAAAUGGGUCUGGAUCCCACCACCUACCAGAUUGGAAAAACUAAGGUGUUUUUGAAAGAGCUGGAACGACAACAACUUCAGGAUACACUCCACAAAGAAGUUAUGCGAAAGAUCAUCUUCCUCCAACGCUGGGUCAAAGCCCGACUGCAGAGGAAAGCGUUUCUAGACAUGAGACAUGCAGCUGUUGUAAUACAGCGCUCUUGGCGCAGGUACUGUGAGGAGGAGCAGAGGCGACGUGCUGCCAUUGUUAUUCAGGCUUUGUGGAGGGGGCACCUACAGAGGAAAGCGUACAAUCUCCAGAAGAAAGGUGCAACUAAAAUACAAGCGCUCGUCAGGGGUCACUCUGCACGCAGGAGGUGCCAAUCCAUGCGUGAGGAAAAACGCAAAAAGGAGGAAGAGGAGAGAGAAGCACAGAGAAGACUGGAGGAAGAAGAGCAAAGGAGGAGAGAGGAGGAGGAGAGGAGGAGGUUAGAAGAAGAGGAGAGGAGGAAAGCUACUGAGGAGGAGGCACACAAAAGAGCAGAAGAAGAGCUUGCCAGAAGAAUCCAGGCCGCAGAGGAAGAGGCUCGGAAAAAGCUUGAGGAAGAGAAGGAAAGAUCAGAGCCUCAAACCAGAGAGGAUCCAGAUAUAGAGCUAGUCACUGAGGAGACACUAGAUGAGACACAGGACUUGCCAGAGGAGGUGGAGGAUGGAGAGAUUACAACAGGCUUACAGGACGAAGAGCAAAUGGAAAUCAAAGGUACAGAAGCUGAGGCCGGACCCCAGCAGCCGGGCAAAGGAGACAAUGAAGAGAAUUUGAACAAGUUAACACUAGAAGAUACAACAUUCUCCACUCUACUCCAUCCCCUCCCUCAAAUGGCUCCAACAGACACUGCUCACUUACCUACUAAUACUGAAAAUGCACAAGGGAAAUUUCCUGACAGAAACCAUUCAGCAAUUCAGGAAAAGAGAGAGAAGAGGAGAAGAAGGGGACUUGAGCAUAAUCGUAGGGAGACAGAACGAGCAGCUGCCUCCUCUUCACCACCCACCAAUAAGGAUCAGUCUACAGCUCCAAAGGUCAAAACUCCAGAGACUUCUAAGCUCAGAGAGAGAGCUGACAGCAAAGAGAUAGACCAGUAUACGUUUGUGGUGCAGAAAAUUAAAGACGACAAAGGUGGUAAGAGAGAGGAAAAAACUUCACCUCCACAGGCUCCUCCUGUUCGUCCCUCUACGUUACUCCUACAAUGCCUUGAUCAUGACAAAAAUGAGCUAGGUGAAAGUGCUGGAGCAGUUAACCUGCAGCGUCGGCCUGGGGCAAUAAAAGAGAAACCUGAGAAAUGGAAAGGUAGAAGAAGUGAUGACUAUGACACUGUUACCCCUCCAGCAGGAAGAAAUGGGGCUUUGAAAAGGCAGUUAAUGGAAUCCGCAUCUUCGUCUGUUGACAGCUUAUCUCCAAGUUCAGAGGGGGCUGGAGCGUUGUCUCCGCGUGAGUUUACUCACACAGACAGCCACACAGAACGUUCAUUGGGAGGUUCGUUUAGAUGGCGACCUCAGGAUUCGGGUCACCAGGAUCCAUUCCAGUCCAUCCCAUCCACACCUGACAGGUCUGGAGGCUUCCUCAGCAAGAUUCUGAAGAAACGACCUCAGAAAGAAGUCCAGACUCCAGAUGAUGGAGAGAUCACACCUAGUUUCAGUGAGAAGUCAUGUGGAGGAGAAGGAUAUUCAGCUCGCCCUCUUGCUCAGCCCUAUGGGGAACGCUCAGGUAAAGCUUUAGGUCGCAAUCCCACCAUAAAAAUUAGCCGUGCCACAAGAGUGUCUGAGCAAUGGAACGCCUCUUUGGACCGAGAAAUCACAAAUGCUAAUGAACUGCGCCACCUGGAUGAAUUUUUAGGCAAUCAGGUAAACGACUUCCGCUCUAGAGGGAAAUCUCUUUCGGCCACUGAAGCCAUCUUUGUAACGGCUACAAUGCAGUUCAGAGAGACCAUCAAAGCCAUGUAUUCCCUCUCGGUGAGUAUCUUUUGGAACAAGAUUAGAUUCAGAGAUUUCUGUAUGUUCUUAUCUUUCAUUCCCCUCCAGAAACCCACGAUUGGUUACAAGGACCUGAUGACAAGCUACAAAAACAAAGUGUUUCACCUGGCGGAUGACAAGCAAAAGGCGGAGGUGCAGCUGGUGGUGAACCUGUUCCAGUCGGUGCUAGAUGGGUUUAUUAGAGGAGAGAUGAAGAAGGAGGAGGCAGAGCCAGUCAAGCCAAAAGCAAGAAAAAAACGGCGGAAAAAGGACAAAAGUAUGGAGAGCCCCUUGGAUCAUGUUUUCGUAAACUAUCAGGUCAGCAUUAUGCAGUCAUGUGACCAGUGCACUUCAUACAUCUGGGGCAUGGAGAAAGCCUAUAUGUGCAGCAGUUGUAAAAUGGUAUGCCACAAAAAGUGUCUCAACAAAAUAGUCACUGACUGCUACACGUUCUGUGCCAAAAGGGGGGAUGAGGAGUCUGGUGGUCUACACUUUGGCGUCCAUGUGGGGCAUCUGGUGAACGAUAAAAGCCCUGUGCCGAUGGUGUUGGAGAUGAUGCUGGAGCAUGUGGAAAUGCAUGGUCUUUACACAGAAGGCAUCUACCGCAAAUCAGGGUCUGCCAAUCGAAUGAAAGAGCUGCACCAGCGACUUGAAACAGAUCCUCACCAGGUUUGCCUUGAAGACUAUCCUAUCCACACAGUGACCGGGCUGGUGAAACAGUGGUUGAGAGAGCUGCCGGACCCACUCAUGACUUUCACCCAUUACAAUGACUUUCUGCAUGCAGUCGAACUCCCAGAGAAGCAGGAACAACUUCAGGCAAUUUACAAAGAGUUGGAGGAGCUUCCUACAGCAAAUUUCAAUACACUAGAGAGGCUAGUGUUUCAUCUAGUCAGGGUUUGUAAAGAGGAGGCACACAACCGCAUGUCUCCCAAUUCCUUGGCCAUAGUUUUUGCUCCAUGUAUCUUGCGGUGCCCUGACAGUGCAGACCCUCUUCUUAGCAUGAAGGAUGUUGCCAAGACUACCAUAUGUGUGGAGAUGCUUAUUACUGAGCAGAUCCGACGUUACAAUGAGAAGAUGGAGGAAAUUGAGCAGCUAGAGUAUGCAGAGACUUUGGCAGUAAACCAACUUAAACUGAAAAGACAAAACACGCACUUCUGGCAUUUACCUCUCAGGUUCUCAGCUCCUUACAAAGGAGUGGUGGUUCACGAGAAAGCCAGUUCUGAUCUCAGUGUUGUACCAGAAAAUGAGCCUGUAGAUUCAGAAACUGAGGCAGAGAAGAACCUGGUUGAACGGAUUAAGUCUAUCAAACAAGAAAAAGAGGACCUGGCCUGCAGACUUCCUGACAUGGAGCAACCUGGUUCAGACCAGGAGAACUUGGACUCUGAGGCCUCCUUGAGCUCUGAAAGUCUUUUGGAUGAGCAGCAACGCUCUUCGGCUCACAGCUCAGAGCCAGAAGGGCACCUUUCUAAGAGAUGUAAGCCAGUUUGUCCUCCCAAACCCUCUGAUCUGGCCCUGCGACCCAAAUUCUCAACUUUGUCCAUUUCAAUCAGAGGUCUAAGCCCCACAGGCUCUGUUUCUACAGUGUCUAGCUGUACAUCUCCAUCUUCUGAAUCAUCCUCUACCUUCAAAACUGCGCUGAAACGACUCAGUCCUGUAAUUCCAGACACAGUCAAACUGCCUACUGGUGUUGGGUCAAGGUCUAAUCAGAGUCGCACACUUCCAGAAAGUCAGAAUCAAACAUUUAAGUCCUUGAUCCGCACGAGAGGACAGUCUGGUCGCAGAAAUGACUCUGCUACUCGGUCCAUGUAUAUCGACAGCCCUGAGUGUGAAGACAUGCAUUUAUCCACUCACCCCACCUCUUCACUCAAACACCAGCAAGAAACUCAGAAUGGCCAGAGACGAUUUUCUGACCCUGAUCUGUCCUACACCAAUGAUAAUCUUUAAAAGCACAGUAUUGUGAUAAAUAUUUUGUAUUGGCAACAGCCUUGAAUUUACAGAAGAAAGGAGCUACCAUGAAAAAUAACAAUUUGACUCAGCGAACAGCUAAAUUGUUUCCUGGUAUGAACUAUAAUACAACUGGACUACUUGUUGCCAAGCACCUUUUCUAUUUUAAUAUAUUGUUAAUGCUGAUGAGACCAGACAGGCUAUAUUACUGUUUGCCUAAAUGGACCGGAAGUCUUUUCUUUCACCUGCUUUGUUUUUUUAUGCCUUUGUGCUAUCUCAGAUUUAGCAGGUUCCAGUCGCACUUUUGUAGUUCUUAGUUCUCCUAAUGAGCAUGUGACUAACAUGCCCGCUGUCAUGUUAGCUAGUGCCUUGAUAUGUACAGUAAUGCUGAAAAACGCUUUUGUAAUUAUUGCAGAACUUUUUUGUGAGAGAGAUUGUGUUAUUGAGUGUAACUGCCACACAGUUUUGGACUGAAGCAACAGUACAAAAAGGACCUAGCAUAACAUAUGGACCAUUGUGCUGCUUUUUAACAUGUUGCACAACAGCAAAUAGGAAGACAUUGGCUUGCAACAGCAAAGGGAAACUGGAUCAGCAUGUCAUUUUUUCCUCGUUAAAUCACAAAUAUUUGGCUCAUGUGCAAUGCUAUCCAAUCUGUUUGACUAUAGUUUACCACACCUACAAUUCAAAUGGAACAUAACUGAAGCCGGAAGCCAUCCUUGAGGUGUAUGAAUUGUAAUUUUAAUGGUUCACUUAGUCUGUUGGUUGUUGUAUGAAUUAUGAAAAACAAUGUUGUUUGUGUAUCAGUGAGUGAAUGGCUGGGACUGAAUGAAAAAGGUAGUUGUGUUUAGUAUUUACAUGCUAAUACAAAACAUGAUGCUCCUUAA